GGGUUGGCGGUGUCGUGUCAUGGAGGCUCAGUCUCUCAGCAGCCAUUGAAGGGGAAGGAACUGCGGGUGUGUGUAUGUGUGUGUGCGCGUGUGUGCAUGUGAGUGCGCGCGCGAGUGUGUGGACAAGGAGGUGCUGGCAGCCGAGUUAGAGUCCCAACUCCUUGGACUCCAUUGGCCAUUCUCUUUCUCCCCCACACCUAUCUGCUGGUGGUGGGCGUUUAUAUUUGCGUUUCUUUUCAUUCAUUUCCAAAUCUUUUACAAUUUGAGGGUUGGGGGCAGUGGGGAAGGCAGGACCGGGUAACGGAGGAGAGGAGGAGCGGAGAGCAGGAGGAGGACAUGGAGAUGAAGACGAGGAUUAACCAGGAGUUGAGGAACCGAGCCCCGGAGGAGAUGACACAGUUAGUCAUUGAUAAUUGCCGUUGUGUCAAUGGGGAAAUUGAGGGCCUGAAUGAUACUUUUAAAAAACUAGAGUUUCUGAGUAUGAUUAAUGUGGAACUAAGUUCACUGGCCCGGCUUCCCAACUUAAAUAAACUUCGAAAGCAAAAUCUUAAAAAUUUAAAAAGUCUUGACUUGUUUAACUGUGAGAUCACAACCCUAGAAGAUUAUAGAGAGAGUAUUUUUGAACUGCUGCAGCAAAUCACCUACUUAGAUGGAUUUGAUCAGGAGGAUAACGAAGCACCAGACUCGGGAGCUGAGGAUGACGAGGAUGGAGAUGAAGAUGAUGAAGAGGAAGAUGAAGCAGGACCACCUGAAGGGUAUGAGGAAGAAGAGGAGGAAGAAGAGGAUGAGGAGGAAGAUGAAGCAGGCUCAGAAUUGGGAGAGGGAGAAGAGGAAGUGGGCCUCUCAUACUUAAUGAGAGAAGAAAUUCAGGAUGAAGAAGAUGAUGAUGACUAUGUUGAAGGGGAAGAAGAAGAAGAUGAUGAUGAAGAAGAAGAAGAAGAGGAAGAAGGUCUUCGAGGGGAAAAGCGGAAACGAGAUGCUGAAGAUGAUGGAGAGGAAGAAGAUGACUAGAUCAUUCUAAAACCAGUUUCCCUAAAUUCCUGGGUGUGCAAUAGAGUGGUCACAUCUUGUUUCUUUAUGUAUAAUAGUUAUCCCUACAUAAGAUAAUGUGUAACUUUUUAUAGGAAAAGUGUGGUUUUACUAUUUUUGCCUUAUCAUUCCAAAUAAGAUUUACUAGUCUGUUAAUCAUAUGUAGAGAAAAAUUUUCAUUGACCUCCUUGUGAAAUUCCCUAGCAGUUUAUUUAGAAUCUUAAUUUUUCUAAUACAAGUUUACUUCUUAGUCAUUUUAGCCCAUAGUUAAAACAUGAUGGCUUUUGCACAGGCAUAGUAUGGUGCAUUUCAUUCAUAAGGUUUUAAAGUUAUUUAUCAAUUAACAGAAAUCACAGUCAGCUGGAGUAUGAAAUAAAAAUAGUCUUUUGAAUGAUAAGUUGGUAAUUUUUUUAGAGGUGACCCAGAGAUCUUCAUUUUGAAGGCAAUGCCUUUUUUGGCUAAGGGAUUUUGGGUGCUUGGAAAGUAGGAGCAGAAUAGUAAAGGUUCUAUUCAACAACAUAGUUCCUGGCUUUUGGGGAGGCUUCUGAAACCUUUAAGCCAGGUGGCUAAUAAGAUUUUAUUUUUGAAGGAAAAAUUGCUUAUAGUAAGUUCAGAGACAUGCAGAGGAGCCCUCUGUUCUCAAGCUGAAUGAAGAUCAUGACAUGCUAAGGGUUGGUUUUUGUUUUAUUUUUAAGUGUGCAUUUUUCAUCAACAAUUCCUUUACGACCACCUUCCUUUCUUGUUUCACUCUCCUCCCUCUCCUCAAAAAAAAAAAUGGGGGGGAAACUUAUGAAUACCCAGGAAAACCUUUAUUCUUAUACCUCAAUUACCUUUUCAGACCUGUCUCAGUUUUCAAAAAGCUAAGUGAAACAAACUGAGUAUUUUCUGAGAUACGAAUAUUAUUAUCUAUGCAGUUUUAUGCAACAGACUCUGCUUACUGGAAAUCCUUCUUGGUUGACAAGAUAUACAGACUGUAGAAGGAUGAAGAAAGAAAAGCAGAUGGGCUUUUGGAAGCAGCAAUAGUGUUCCUCAAAAGUCAGAAUAAUUUGCCUGUUGGUAAUUAAUGAGACAUUCAAAUCAAAUUAUAAGUUAGCUUCCCAAAUGACUUAGCUACCACUCUGCAAGCAUUUCUAAUUUUUUCUGAGUAGAACCUUUAAUUAUUCUCUCUAUAGUUUUAAAGCAUUAUCAGAUUUAGCAUUUGAUUGGAAUAUAUUAGACAAUGGAAAAAUAUUUGAAACUAAAUCCAUAUUAAAAUUAAGAUUUGUUUUCAAGUGGAUGUCCAUUAAAAAUAGAAAAAUAUUUGGGAAAAGUACGAGUGUGUUUUCUUAUAUGGCUACUGAUUAUAAUAUGAGUAGAUAAGUUCAUCUCCCUUUUUGUUAUGGAGGCUCCAUGUUCAAGGCAAUUGCUUUUUUAAUCUUGGCUCUCUAAAUUUUUCCCCCUUCGGUUUUGAAUAUUUGUAAGUUUUUUUGUUAGUGUCAGCAAAUUAACUGAAGUUACACUUUCAUACUGGGACACAUUUCAAUUACUGAGUAUAGUACUGCUUUAGCUUAAACUAAAAAGUGGCACAAAAUGACUGAACUAAAACUCUUGAGAUAAGUUUAGUGGGGGGAUUCGAAUAUCCAAAUAGCUAACAUUUUAUUCCUUUUUAACAACUGAAAUCCCUUGUUUUAGUCCCUAAGAAUUCUCAUCACAUUGUUUGCCAGAUUAUAAAAUACUUAUUUUUAAAGUUAAAUUUAUAUACUGGCUUUCUUAUCAAUCAUUUUAUUGUGCAAUCAAUAUUAUUGUUCUUUGGUUUGUAAACAACACUUAAGAGCCUCCAAAUAACUUUUAAGACUUAUUUAGCUUUGUGGGUGAUAUUUUCAUGCAAAUAAGGGUGGGUUUUAUAUUUUGUAGACGUUUUCGGUCCUAUUUUAAUGCUUCUUUGUAUGGCAGUGUGUAUAUAGUGUGUUAAACUCCUCAAAACUCAAAAAUCUUUGAAGUUAAUACUUUUGUGCAACUGUGUUUUGAAUAAAGCCAUGACAGUGUUAAAACAACAACAAAAAAAAUGCAGUUCUUCUGAGUAUUCCUUUAUUGUUUCUGACUGUUCCCUGUUUUUUCUGAGACUGCUGUAAUUUAAAGUUUUUGAAACUGAAUUGCUUCAAAUAAAUUGAAGAUUUGUUGUUAA